GCUCUUCUGUGUCGAAAACAACGAAAGGCAUGGUCAUUCCAAUGUAAAUAGUUUGUGGACGUGAUUUAGCAAUAGAUCCCAUCCAGAAUGUAAAACAAACGUAUUUUCCAUCUGUGAUAAGCUGUCCAUGUAAAAACAGGUCACAAUGGGUGAAAAGGCAGCAGCGGAAAAAGGGUUAGAAGACUUUGUAAAGUCAAAAACUGCAGAAUCAGUGUGUCUGGACUUAUCAACUCCAUCAAUAGUUGUAAUAAAACGAAAGGGUAAACAUGGCUCUAUUCUACUGGGAACAUUCUGGAUGAAUGUUUUACAACAUCCUAAUAAUUAUCCAGUACAAAGGUACCCCUACAAAAAGCUGUAUGAUAAAAAUGGACAUUACAAAGUCAUGUUACGAGUUGACGAUGUGACCAUGACUGUCUAUAUGAGCACUGGAACCCUCACCAUACAGGGCAGCUUUGUCCUGGACUGGUUUCUGAAAAGAUUUUCCAAGGUUAUGGAGUACUAUGAUAUGCCUCCUUUAGAACCUCAGCCAGUUUCUGAUGGAUAUUUGGAGCAUGAAAAGAAUUGGAAUGAACUGAUGAGAAAAGAUAAGGAGAAGUUAGAACAAAGUCAACAAAAGCAGAGAGAGCUAGAAGAGAAAGCUUUGAUGCUGGAUGACAUGCCCCAUUUGGAGGUAGCUUACUCAAAUGGAGUGACAAACUCAACUGGUGAUCCAAAAACGGAGGAAUCAGAUGGGGUCCAACAAGGGGAAACAAAAUUAAAGAACAAUGCCUUGGUGGAGGAUUUAUCAGAUGACCUUGAACUGCUUGCACUUGACUUGUGGAGUGGAGAUGUACUGGAUAAACAGCUGUCCCUCCUGAGCACACCUGUAAUUAAGGAGGGUCCUUCCUACAUCUACAAACUCUGGAAAUCCCUGCUCUCUCGCUGGCUCUCUAACCCUGACUGUAAAGUCUUCUUGGCCACCCCCUUCCUUGACACAGAGAGAAUGACUGACAUUUGUGAGAUCGUCCUCCAAAACUUCACUACAGCAAACAUCGAAGCUUUUUAUGUACGUAUUAAAUGUAACUAUACUGAAAAAAUCUCUGACAUCAAGAGAAACGCUCAGACCAAAUUCCCAUGCAAGCAUCAGCCCAUUAUUGAGUACAAAGUAUACAACAGGAUUGUCUACCCUUUGAGAACUUUCCAUGCAAAGUUCAUUGGCUGUACGGAUGGAAAGGGCGGAGCCGAGGUUUUGAUGACCAGUGCUAAUUUUUCUGCUGAACACUUUAAGCAUAACAAUUUGGAGUCGGUUGUGUAUCAUACAAUGACAGAGGCUGAGUUUAUUCAUAAGUUUAUCAACCCCUUGUCUGCCUCAAGACAAAGCUGAAUUGUCUCCCUAAUUUAGGACUUUAUUUUACACAGAGCUAGGAACACUGCAAGAUGAGUUAUAAUCAGCAUCAAAACUUUUUUACUAUUAAACUAUUAAUGCUAGGAACAAAAUUAUGUAUACUAGAAAAGAUGUACCUAGAUGUACAAAAUUAUGUAUACUAGAAAAGAUGUACCUCUAUUUAUUUUUAGGUCUUUUCUACAAAGAAUUUCAGAGUACAUGUAUUUACUUGGAUUGUUAUUGCUACUAGAGUUUGUUUCCCUUUUAAAUUGGAAGUUUCAAUUGAAUUAUUAUUGAUUUAAAUUUAGAAACGUACACCAAGAGGGUAAAAAGUCAAACUCUUAUUUUAUUCAAAUGAUUUUUUACAAAGAUUACUUCAUACCUCGUAUUUUUUAUUUUACAUCUCAGAUGGAUUUUAUGAACGUUUAGGCAAAUUAGAGAUUUUUGAUAAUUCAAAGGUAUACAGAUGAACAUUUUGAUUUCAUUAUAUUGGCGAUAGUUUGUUAAAUGCUAAUUUAAAAGUUGUUAUUGUUUUGUGUUGUUAACACGCUAGUUUAACAUGGAAAUAAAUCCUUAUGCACACAUUA